GAGGAAAGGCUUAUGUCUCUCCGCUUUCUUCUAUCACUCCUAAAUGUGCUUUCCCUUUUUUGCAUUUUACUUGAAAUAUAAUACUUUCAAUUAAAUGUUAUCCUUUCUAUAAUGAAAAGUUUUUUUAAACUAAUUUCUGUAUUUAGGGUAGGUUCAUGUAAAUCUGGGAAUCUAUUCUGGCAGAAGAGCAGACGACCGGAACUAUCGUAUCCAGCAUAGCUGGACAUAGCCGCACAGCACUGGGAGCCGCUGGAUGCCCAUUCACUAUAAUAAGAUCGGGUGCAGCGAUUGUCUAAUGUGCUUUAUGACUGACGGGUGGAAGGAAGACCACUGGGAUCAAACAGUCUCAUCAAAAAGAAAAUGCUCUGUCUCUGGGGAAAAGUUGUUUUCUGUCUUCUGUCAUUUAUAAAAGGCUUUAAGGCUGUAGAAAUACCUCUUGAAGUGGAACAAUUGCCAACAGUUAUUGAAGUCACUAAAGGAAUCCAAGUUGCCUUUCCUGUAGGAGAAGAUUUCACCAUCAAGUGUAAAGCUAAAGGAAACCCAACCCCUGAAUAUCACUGGACAAAGAACGGACAUCCAUAUAAUCCAUUUACAGACCAAAAUGUUAAGACUGUGAAGGAUUCUGGUUCAUUUAUUAUCCAUAACGAUGGUAACAUUUUAGCCUACAAUGGAACAUACCGAUGUUAUGCUACUAAUACGUUAGGAACUGCAGUAUCGGAAGAGACAACUUUUCUCAUUCCAGGAGAUCCCAGAUUUCCUAAGGAAGUUAUCCCUCCUAUAGAAUUAGAAGAAGGGAACCCACUGGUUUUAAUUUGUGACCCUCCCCCUGGUAUUCCUCCAGUCAAUGUAGUUUGGAUGACACAAGAUCUACGGCAGAUCCCUCUGAGCAAGCGUGUGUCUGUUGGACUUGAUGGGAAAUUAUACUUUGCACACGUUGUUCAUACGGACAGCACGUUUGACUAUUUCUGUGUUGCUGUAUAUUCCAGAAUCAGACAUAUGUCACAGAGGACUCCGGUGAAGCUCAGUAUACAACACAGCAAUGUCAUAAAAAAUCGUGCCCCAAACAUACUAACAACCCAAGGAGGGAUGGAUAAGUCAAUUGUUGUGCUAAAAGGUGAAGUCCUACAAUUGGAAUGCAUCGCUGAAGGACUGCCAACCCCUAUAAAUGAUUGGCGAAAAGAAGGUGAAGAAUCAAUAAAGUACCGUGCUAUAGUAGAGGGCCAUGGGACACUACUGAAGAUCAAGGAUAUUACUAAAGAUGAUCAAGGAGUAUAUAUUUGUGAAGCCAAAAAUGAGAUGGGUUCUGAUCAGCAAAGGUUUCACGUUCUCGUUGAAGAGCCUCCCAGAUGGAUAAAAAAGCUGAAGAACUCUAUACAAGCAGUGGGAUCUGAGGUUAUCUUGAACUGUUCAGCCACUGGGACACCUGAACCUGAAAUUCAUUGGCAAAGAAAUGGAAUCCCUUUGAGAAGAGAUACACUUCCUCACAAUCAUAAGAUGACAGGAGGCAUAAUAUUCAUUCACUCACUUCAACCAUCGGAUAGUGCAGUGUACCAGUGUGAAGCCUCUAACAAGCAUGGGACUAUUCUCACCAGUGCCAACAUUGAUGUUGUAGAUAUUGUACCACUGAUAUUCACUGAUGAGAACACGACGUACACAGCAGUGUGGGGGCAGAAUGUCUCAUUACUCUGCAAUAAUUUUGCAUUUCCUGUGGCUGACAUUGUAUGGUAUCACGGGAGAAGAACAGUUCAACCUAAAAGUGGCCGGUACAUAAUAGAUAACAAUGAUACCCUUCAUAUAUGGGAGCUGGAAGCAAAGGACGCUGGGUCAUACACAUGUGAAGUGUCAAACACCAAAGGAAGCGCUUCAGUUAAGGCAAACCUUAUACUUCGAGAACCUACAAAGGUAUAUGUGUCUCCAGAGAAUCCUGGGGUUAGAAGAUGGCAUUCCAUAACCCUAACAUGUCACGUUCAAUGUGAUCCUCACCUCUGUUCUUCUGUGAGAAUUACCUGGAUGAAAGAUGGUCAGGAGCUCAGAGAGGACAACCGAAGGAUACAAGUGAACUUAAACCGUUUGUCUAUCAAUGAUGUAAACUGGGAAGACGGAGGGACCUAUAACUGCAUUGCCAGUACUUGGCUGGAUUCAAUGUCGGCUGAGAGUCAUCUAACAGUGCGAGAUGUUCCAAUGCCUCCUGAAAAUGUACAACUUUUGGAAAAGCAAAACCGUAGUGUUGUGUUGUCCUGGACACCAGGGGAUAGUCACAACAGCCCUAUUUCAGAAUUUAUCAUCCAGUCCAUAAAGAGCAUUGAUAAACCAGGAGAAUGGGAAGAUGUAACCAGAGCCCCUGGAAAUGUCACUUCAGUUCACGUGCAGCUCAUCCCUCAUUAUAACUACCAAUUCCGUGUCUUUGCUAUGAAUGGAAUUGGAAACAGUCCUGCAAGUCUUGUCUCAGAAAAUUAUGCUACGCCACCUGCAGCUCCUGAGAAUAACCCAUAUCUGAUAUUUGUUGAAGCAAAUCGUUCGGAUGAAAUGACAGUGAGAUGGGAGCCCCUGAGUUUAGAUGAGCAAAAUGGUCCAGGAUUGGAGUACAGAGUCAGCUGGCGUUUACAUGGCGUGGAGACACAAUGGCAUCAUAAAAAAGUUAAACGUCCACAAUUUUCAAUAAAGAACACACCUGCUUUUGUGCCGUAUGACAUUCGUGUCCAAGCUGUUAAUGAUAUUGGAGCUGGUCCUGAUCCAGAGAUACACACUGGUUACUCAGGAGAAGACACUCCUGAUGCUGCCCCAUCUAACGUGGUAGUGAGCCUUGUAAAUCACAUGAUAGCCAAUGUAACCUGGACAGAAGUAUCACAGGACAGGAUACGAGGACAUCUAUCAGGUUAUAAGAUAAUUUACUGGAAAAUAAAAAGUCUACAUGAUGUAAAAAUGCAUCACGGUGAGCGACAUACGCUGUCUUUUAGUGGUCAGAGGAACUCAGGGAUAAUCCCUAUAGUUCACCCAUUCUGCGAGUAUCAAGUAUCUGUUGCAGCCUAUAACACUCGAGGUGAUGGUCCAGAGAGCAUCCCUGUCUCUUUCCAAACUCCAGAAGGAGUGCCAGAGCAACCACAGGUUUUACGAAUUGUAAGUUCUGACCUGGAGUCCUUCACACUGUCCUGGGCCCCACCAAAGAGAAAAAAUGGUAUUCUUACCAGUUACAUACUGCAGCACCAGAUAAUUAAUGAAAGUGAUGUCAUAGGGGGUUUAUAUAACAUCACCAUAACAAACCCAGAAGCAGUCAGUCAAAGAAUUCCGCGUCUUGAGCAUGGUAUGAGGUACAAGUUCUACCUUCGAGCAUGUACCCGUAUUGGAUGUAGCAAACCCGUGAGUGAGGAAGGACUGGCCCAAACACAAGCAACUUAUGCUAACGUACCUCAGAGCCUAUCUACUCAAGGAUGGUUUAUUGGACUAAUGUGCGCUGUGGCUCUUUUAACACUUUUAAUGCUUGUUGGUUGCUUUGUGCAGAUAAAUAGAGGAGGAAAAUAUGCAGUGAAGGAAAAAGAAGAUCUCCAUCCUGAACCUGAAGUACAGUCUAUGAAGGAUCAGUUCUUUGAUGACUGUAGUUCCAGUGAUAAGAAGGCAACAAAUGGCAGCAUGGACUCAUUAAGCUUAGAUAUUAAAACCUAUGACAGUGUGGAUAGCCUUGUCCAGUACAGUGAUGGAGAACACAGUCACUUCAACGAAGAUGGAUCUUUCAUUGGAGCUUACACAGAAUCAAAAGAGAAACAUCUAGGGGAUGGAAACACACACAUUCAAGCUGUUCGCUCUUAAUAACUGCACAGCAUCCACAAAGAACUUUAUCACAGUUAUUGAAAUACUCAACGAGAAGGACACAUUUGGUGCACAACUGUAAGAAGGAAUUGGCUUGGAUAUUCAAAUAUUUAGUAGCCAAAAUUGACUGUUCCGCCUCACCUAAAAAAAAAUGGAACGUUGUCAUUUGUUUCCCCAGCAUCAUCAUUUUACCAAGCCUUCAUAAAUUAUUUACAACUGAAGAAGCAUAAGCAUUUGUUCCGGUACACAUGACUAUCACAAUGUACACUAUUUUGUGAAGGAGGUCAUAACAUAAUUGCUCUUGUUUUCAAUUUAACAUUUUGAAAUAUCCCAUCGUGCAACUGUGCUGUCUGUGCAUCGCGCAUGUGCUUUGAAGAUCCAAUGUUUAUUUCUAACGCAGCAACAUUAUUGGAGCAUGGACUGUCCUAAUUAUACUAUUUAAAGGGCUUUUAAAUUUUUUUAAAUGAGCGGUAUAUCAAAUUUAAAAAAAAACUUUAAAUGUCCUACAGCCCCUUCGUGUUGUUUCACUGUCUGUUGGUCCUGCAUGCAUUACAUCAUGUCCAUCGUUCAUGUUGCCAAUUAAUGACCUCAUUGAUCAUGUGCUGUUCACACACACACACGUUUCCCUGCUCUGUGCCCAUUUUAAUUUUUUUUAUCGGAAAACCCUUUAAACAAAGAUGGAGUUAAGUUGGGAAAAUCAAAGUAUUUGUAAAUUGGUAACAUCUCAUACAUGUGAAUCAUGCUUCUUAUUAUCUACUAUAACUCUUAUCACAGUUUAUAAACUGAACCCCAAUUUUGACCUCUCUGUUAUCUGUUCGGGUACUUUCAAACUAGCGUUAGAAGAAGUUGCCGGAACUGCCUGCCGGAUCCGGAAAUCUGUAUCUAAACGGAUAUAAUUUGUUUCCGGAUGCGGAUCCGUCUGACAAAUGCGUUGCAAUACGGGAUCCGUCUCUCCGAUGUCAUCCGGUAAAA